UGUUUUGGUCAGCUUGUGUAAUUAUUAGAAGUUUCAAUUGUCGAUAAAAAUAGUUAAAUUUAGUGUAAAAUAUGCGAAGUGUAAUUAGUAGCUUUAAAUGUGCUGUGAGGGCAACCAAUUACACACCAAUUACCAAAAAUGUUGUGCCGUUUAAACGUUUACGUUUUCCUCAAAUACGCCAAUUUUCCGUUGAAUCGUCGCCGGCUUGUUGGAAUUGCCAAAAGAAAUCGAACUUGAGACAGAAUAUGAUAUGUUCAGAUUGUGGACACUUGCAGGAUGUAAAUGCAGGAAUAAAUUACUUCGAAUUGCUGAGCUUUCCCAUCCAGUUUUCUUUGGAGUCCCAGAAGUUGACAAAAAGUUUUCGCCAACUGCAGACUAUAGUUCAUCCUGAUAAGUUUAGUAAUAAAACCUCCCGUGAGCAAACCAACUCCGCCGAUUGGAGUUCCCUGAUCAACAAGGCCUACAAGACCCUGGCCACUCCCAUAGAACGUGGUCAGUACCUUCUUCGUUUGGCGGGCGAGCAGAUGCCCCAGGAUAAUAGCGCCUUGAACAAGGAAUUCCUAAUGGCCAUGAUGGAACGGAAUGAGGAGGUGGAGGAGGCGGAAGACGCGAAAACUCUGGAAGAUCUUAAUGCCAUACUUAUAAAGGAACUGGAGGAAAUGGCCCAGAAGCUAAGCCACCUGUUCGAGAGCAAAGACCUUCAAGGAGUCAAGGGAACCCUCGUGGAGAUGAAGUACCUCCUGAGUAUUCAGAGCAGCAUCAAACAGAAGCAACAAAGUUUGCUGGGCAGCUGAGAAUUAAUAAUUAAUCGAUCUGCCAAUCGGUUCCGAUCACGCACACACACACAACACACCUGUUGCUAUCUAUCAGCUGUUGAGUAAACAAUAACACCGACUUCGUUUGUUUUAUAAUGUGAAUAAAAAUCGCGAUACA